CCGAUUGUAAUCGAAACAUUCACAUUUGGACGCCAUAUUGUCAUGUCAGAGUUUUGACGGUGGAUGGUUAAUGCUUGAGAAAAUAAUUUUCUAAAACAAUUUGUUCUAAUACGUGUUUUACAAUUUAAGUGCGUCUUAUUUCCUAAGACGCUGGGUGCAGGUAGCAUCCUGUGAACCAUGAGCUAUCAGAUUCCGACUUCACAAAGCCGCACAAUGUCUCACAGCAACUAUGGAGGAUCUGACGUACCGAUGGCUCCCAGCAAGGAGCAGCAAACCCUGCUGUGGCAGCAGAACUCCUACCUUGUGGAUUCUGGUAUCAACUCUGGAGCUGCCACUCAGGUGCCAUCUCUUACUGGCAAAGAAGAUGAUGAGAUGGAAGGUGAUCAGCUCAUGUUCGACUUGGACCAAGGGUUUGCUCAGGGUUUUACCCAGGAGCAGGUUGAAGACAUGAACCAGCAGCUAUCUCAGACCCGCUCUCAGCGUGUCCGAGCCGCCAUGUUUCCGGAGACGCUGGAGGAGGGUAUCGAGAUCCCAUCCACUCAGCUGGAUCCUGCCCAGCCGACUGCUGUACAGCGUUUGUCGGAGCCUUCACAGAUGCUGAAGCAUGCUGUUGUCAACCUCAUCAACUAUCAGGAUGAUGCUGAUUUGGCAACCAGAGCCAUUCCUGAGUUGAUCAAGCUCUUGAAUGAUGAAGAUCAAGUUGUAGUAUCUCAAGCUGCCAUGAUGGUCCACCAGCUCUCGAAGAAGGAAGCCUCCCGCCACGCCAUCAUGAACUCUCCUCAAAUGGUGGCUGCCUUGGUCCGCGCCAUAUCCAACAGCAACGACCUUGAAACUACCAAGGGAGCCGUCGGGACCUUGCAUAACUUGUCGCACCACCGUCAAGGCUUACUCGCCAUCUUCAAGAGCGGUGGAAUACCCGCUCUCGUGAAACUACUAAGCUCUCCUGUCGAAUCCGUCUUGUUCUACGCCAUCACCACCCUCCAUAACUUACUCUUGCAUCAAGAUGGCUCUAAGAUGGCCGUACGCCUGGCCGGCGGCCUUCAGAAGAUGGUGGCGUUGCUACAGAGGAACAAUGUCAAGUUCUUAGCGAUUGUGACUGACUGCCUUCAGAUCUUGGCCUAUGGUAAUCAGGAAUCGAAGUUGAUCAUCCUCGCGUCUCAGGGACCGAUCGAAUUAGUGCGAAUCAUGCGCUCUUACGAUUACGAAAAGUUGUUGUGGACUACUUCAAGAGUUCUUAAGGUCCUUUCCGUGUGCUCGAGCAACAAGCCGGCCAUCGUGGAAGCCGGCGGCAUGCAGGCGCUCGCCAUGCACCUCGGCAACCCGAGCGGCCGCCUCGUGCAGAACUGCCUCUGGACCUUGAGGAACUUGUCCGAUGCAGCCACUAAGGUCGAGGGGCUGGAAAACCUGCUUUCCAGCCUGGUACAGGUGUUGGCCUCCACCGACGUCAACAUCGUCACCUGCGCUGCUGGCAUCCUGUCCAACUUGACGUGCAACAACCAACGCAAUAAGGUGACGGUGUGCCAAGCAGGCGGAGUGGACGCGCUGGUGCGCACCGUGGUGUCGGCGGGCGACCGCGAGGAGAUCACGGAGCCCGCCGUGUGCGCGCUGCGCCACCUCACCUCGCGCCACGUCGAGAGCGAGAUGGCGCAGAACGCCGUGCGCCUGCACUACGGCUUGCCGGUGAUCGUGAAGCUGCUGUCGCCGCCGUCGCGCUGGCCGCUGGUGAAGGCGGUGGUGGGGCUGGUGCGCAACCUGGCGCUGUGCCCGGCUAACCACGCGCCGCUGCGCGAGCACGGCGCCGUGCACCAUCUCGUGCGCCUGCUCAUGCGCGCCUUCAACGACACGCAGCGGCAGCGCACGUCGGUGCCGGGCGGCACGGGCGCGGGCGGCGCGUACGCGGACGGCGUGCGCAUGGAGGAGAUCGUGGAGGGCGCCGUGGGCGCGCUGCACAUCCUGGCCCGCGAGGGGCUCAACCGCCAGCUCAUCCGCCAGCAGAACGUCGUGCCCAUCUUCGUGCAGCUGCUGUUCAACGAGAUCGAGAACAUACAGCGCGUGGCGGCGGGCGUGCUGUGCGAGCUGGCGGCCGACAAGGAGGGCGCCGAGAUGAUCGAGGCGGAGGGGGCCACGGCGCCGCUCACUGAGCUGCUGCAUUCUCGUAACGAAGGAGUCGCAACCUACGCCGCCGCUGUCCUGUUCCGCAUGUCCGAAGAUAAGCCUCACGACUACAAAAAGAGACUUUCCAUGGAGCUCACCAACUCGCUCUUCCGCGACGACCAUCAGAUGUGGCCCAACGAUCUUGGAAUGCAGCCCGAUUUACAGGACAUGCUCGGGCCAGAGCAGGGAUAUGAGGGGCUGUACGGUACCCGACCGUCCUUCCAUCAGCAAGGAUACGAUCAAAUACCGAUAGACUCGAUGCAGGGCCUUGAGAUCGGCAGUGGGUUCGGCAUGGACAUGGACUUGGGCGACGCGGAGGGCGCCGGCGCCGCCGCCGCCGAGCUGGCCUUCCCGGAGCCGCCGCACGACAACAACAACGUCGCGGCCUGGUACGACACAGACCUCUAAACCUACAGACCCAUUUUACUAGUAUAAGCACAAGAAUACGUACAAUUUUUUCUGUCGAAACACGAGAAACAUCCAUGGUUUUUCCUGGUAUUUUUGUUUUUGUCGUAUUUUUCGAUCGGUAAUCAGGAGAUAAUCUGCUUUCCACGCUGCGCUAAGCCAGUUCUUAGUCCAGGGUGGAGAAAUAAAAUUAUACCAAUGUGUCGAUAUAUUUCCUUAAGAGCUAGAUCUCGUAAUCAAAAUUUUAAUUAAAUUCCUGAAUUAAUGUAGGAGCAUAUCGAGGCUCUCUGGAACAUGUGAGAUUUCCAAUUAAUAUGUAUGAUCGAGAAACCUGUGAUACACAAAGCAGCUUUAUGUCAAUUCAGUGUUGCCAAUAUAUGCAUUGUCAUAUGGAAUUCAAAUUUAUAUUUGCAUGACUCCAUUUGAAAAGUAUUAGAAGACUAUAAUGACAAACCGCCUAUGAGUUUCAAAAUUACUUUGGUGCUAAGUUGAAGAGCUUACUGGAUUUAUUAUAAUUAUGUUUUAUGCUAGUACAGCAGAAUAUUAAAUCCAUCGAUAUAUUAAAAUUUAAAAUGAUACCCGAAGGUAGCCCUGCGUUGUUGAAUAUCGGUCUAUAUCACGCGAAACGUGAGUUGAUUCGGAAAAUAGGGUAAUUCAUUUUGUAAGGUUUUGUAGCCUAUAAAUUAUAUAGCUAAAUGUAUUUAUCGGUAUUACAUUUUCUAGCAAUUUUUAUUUCUUCCUAAUCAAUGUUUUUGAGAUUUUGUUACACAUUUUUUACUUUUUUUCUAUUUGAUUAAAAAGGAUAAGACUGUCCUGUUAUCGUAUAAGGCGUGUAUUGUUAAAGUAAAUUUUAGUAUUUGACUGCCAUUUUUAUUUCAAUCAAAAUGUUCUAUUAUAAUUAAGGUUGAUGCCAUUGUGCUUCGUAUGGUUGAUACAGCAUAUUGAUUUUGUUUAGAGUUUAGUAUUUGAUUUAAUUAACGAUAAUGUGAUUAAUAUUUCUCCGGACUAUAGUUUUAAGCGAAUAGUUUGAUUUAUCCAUGGUUGAUGUAGCAGUGAAUAUCUCUAACGGUUGUACGAUGUAGAUACAACUCGACGCCAAACUGGAAGGAAGGGUUUUCGCAUUUAGACACUAGGUUACUAAAAUAAAACAGCUUUAAGACUCCACCCUUGUUUUAACAAUAUCUUAACAAUAGUGAUUAAGGGUAUAGUUGUGCCGUUCUCGAGAAAGUUCUCCAUUUACUACGGAGAAUGUUCUAGCACGAGAACAUUCCCUAUAAAAAACUGAGAACGUUUUCAAGAACGGCACAACUAUUAAGGGUGACCAUGAAAUGUGUCAGGGAUAUUUUCUUUGCAUUUGGUACUUAUUUUCUCGACAGGCCCUAUGAUAUACAUAGACAAUGCAUUCUAACAUAGACCUUGCACGUUCUGUACUUCAAUUGUAGAAAAUGCACUCAAAAUUAACUUGAACCAUAGCAGAAUGUAAUUUUUAGAUCAUAAUCGUUAGAAUAAGACUUAAAACCUAGAAUAACGUAAUCGCCCUCAACUAGGGGGCCCUUUUAUGUAUUUUUUUUAUUGAUAGUUAUUUAAUAGACUUUGCCAAUGUUUUUAUACGUUCGAUUAUGAAAACAUUGCUGAAGUAAGUAUGAGAUUUUGUGUCCAUUUGUGUAUGGAUAAUAAAUAAGUUUGAAUAUAUAA